GACAAAACUGAUUUCAAAAUGGGCCGAAUAUAUAUUCUGCAUAUAUUCGUAAUACCAUUAACGAAAUCACAAAAUCCAAACACAAUAUUUGAAAUAAUCUCAUCCGUCCACUACUUUCAUUAUAAACCGUCCGAUCCACCGCCUCGAUAAUCAAACCUCGAAAAAGCAAAAAACAUCCAAUAACUGAAAGCCACGUAGGUGGUUAUAUAGCCUUCCCGCCUAAAUCACAAAUAAAGAUCUUACAACAGUAUAUAGAAAAUCGGAACCGUCUCUGUAUUUAACCUAAACCCUCUCUCUCCCCUUCUUCUCCAGUCUCCACACAGAAGAGCAACCUUUGCUAUGGACAACAACAGUGAUCUCGAUUCCAGUUCCGGCUCUGAUUCAGAAACGAUGAAGGAACCAAACAUAGACGUUCCUGUGGAAGAUACUGUUGACGAUCUCAUGGACGACUUUGAAGAUGAUGAUGAUGAUGAUGAUUUUGAGGAGGAGGAGGAAGACGGUGAUGAUGAUGACAUGGUUGAGGAUGAGGCAGAUGGUGUUAACAACCCUAUCUCCAACUGGUUAGGAAUCACUCCAGCUUCCAUCAGGAAAGAAGUCCUCAAGAUACACGAAGAACGCAAACUCAAAGCCAAGAGAUUCCUCAACGACUUUCAAGGGAAGCUAACCCUCUCUUACGAGUGGCUGCUUCUCAACAACCAAGGCUACUAUAGAGGCCCCAUCAAACACGAGGACUUCACCUGUCUGGCUGCUCAUUUCAUCGAUGAUAACUGGAAGGUCAGGAAAUGGAUCCUCGGCUACACCACCGACGCGUCCGUACCUUUGGAUGAUGUCUACACUCACCAUUUUCGAACCGCUGUUCAGAGCUUCGACAUUCAAAACAAAGUCUCUACUAUACUGCUCCCUAACGAUGAGGAUUUCGAUGAGAAGACGGUUGACGCUAUCAAGAAAUGUGUGGGAGAGGGAGGGGUUAACCCGCCGGUUUUCGUGGUGUACUGCUGUGCUGAUCUGUUCCGGUUGAUGGUUGAUGGUUUGUGCAGCGGGUUUAGGUGGACGUUGUACGAGGAGCUUCGUAUGUUGGUUGGGUGGGGGAGGUGUUCAUCGCCCAACUGGGAUUUGAAGCUGUAUCAUUACCAGCGAGCUGUUGAUAUGCAUAAGGAGGAUGCUUUCUCUAAGGAUGAGAUUUACGAUGAUUAUGAUAAGCCGUCUGAUGAGGAGUGGGUGAAGAUUGAGACGUUUUGUAAGCUCGGUGGGUGUGUUUAUAAAGUGGCUAAGGAGCUUUUUGAGGAAGGGUGGACGACUUCUAAUGUGUAUUUUCAUCUUCUUGCUGAGCUUAAGGUGAUGUUGAAGAUGGAGGUUGAUGGUGGUGGUGGUGGUGGUGGUGGGAGUGAGUAUUUUCUCCGGAAAGCUAAGAAGGUGUUGAAGAUGUUUGAUAAGUAUUGGAGUGGUAUGUUUUUGGUUUUGGCUGCUGCUUGUGUGUUGGACCCGAGGUUCAAGAUGAAGUACGUUGAGUUUUACUGCUCGAAGAAGAUCGAGGAUGAUGAGGGAUCAAAUGCUGAAGCUGUUUUAGACUAUUUGCGUAGUCUGUUUGCUCGCUACGCAGCUAGUGAUAUCUGUAAGAAACCAAUAUGUUCUGUUGAUACAGUUGACCAUGAAGUGGAUGAAGAUUAUGGUGCUGAUGAAGAGGAAACAGACAAGGAAGAGAAGGAGAAGCCUGAUGCGUACAAGGACUUUGUUUUGUUUCAAGAGUUUCUCAAGUUUGAAGGAUCAUCUUCAAGAGAGCUUGGUGAAUCAGAGCUUGAUGCCUACCUCAAGGAACCGAUCAUGGAGUGGAACAAAGACUUCAAAGCGUUGGAGUGGUGGAAAGAGGAGAGCCAAAAGUAUCCAGUCCUGUCUCGUGUAGCUCGUGACAUUCUCUCCAUACCGAUCUCACGUGCCACGUCUUACGAUUCUUAUGUUACGGACAAAAGAGAGCCUCCUGAGAAUGUUCUGUCCAUGGAUGCCAAAGCUGCUAACGCAGUGAUGUGCGGCAGAAGCUGGUUACCACUUAUAAGAUAGUGUGACCAAAAUGGUAAGAUCUUCUCUUUUUUUCUCUAUCUCUAUUAAGAACUUAAAGAUGCUUUUGUAUCCGUCGUUAAACUUAACAGCUCUGCUAUUUUGGUUUUGGUACUUUGGUUUCCUAUUUCAAUAUCAGUAGCAUGUCCUUUUGUUGGAAGA